CCCCACCCCUCCCCUUCCCGCCGCGCGCAGGCGCGGUGAGGGCGCCGGGGGGGCUCGCGGCGCGCGCGGUGCACGCCGGGACGGCAGCGCGCUGCGACCAGGAGGAGGCGGAGGAGGCAAGAUGGACGCGGGGUUCUUCCGCGGAACAAGUGCAGAACAGGACAAUCGCUUCAGCAACAAGCAGAAGAAGCUGUUGAAGCAGUUGAAAUUUGCAGAAUGCUUAGAAAAGAAGGUGGACAUGAGCAAAGUAAAUCUGGAAGUAAUCAAACCAUGGAUAACAAAACGAGUAACAGAAAUCCUUGGAUUUGAAGAUGAUGUAGUAAUUGAAUUUAUAUUCAACCAGUUGGAAGUGAAGAACCCAGAUUCCAAAAUGAUGCAAAUCAACCUGACUGGUUUUUUGAAUGGGAAAAAUGCUAGGGAGUUCAUGGGAGAACUGUGGCCACUGCUGUUAAGUGCACAAGAAAACAUUGCUGGUAUUCCAACUGCUUUUCUGGAACUGAAGAAAGAAGAAAUAAAACAGCGACAGAUAGAGCAAGAGAAACUGGCUUCUAUGAAGAAACAAGAUGAAGACAAGGAGAAGAGGGAUAAGGAAGACAAAGACAGCAGAGAAAAGAGAGACAGAUCCAGGAGUCCAAGAAGACGCAAAUCGAGGUCUCCUUCCCCUCGGAGGAGGUCAUCGCCUGUCCGAAGAGAGCGGAAACGCAGCCAUUCUCGCUCCCCUCAUCACAGAACCAAGAGCCGUAGUGCUACUCCUGCACCAGAAAAGAAAGAGGCGACUCCUGAGCCAGAACCUUCUGUGAAACCAAAGGAGACUGUUGUUCAAGAGGCAACUUCAAACAGUGAUAUCCCAAAAGCUCCUAAACCCGAACCUCCUGUACCAGAGACUAAGGAAACAUCACCAGAACGUAAUUCAAAGAAGGAGAGAGAGAAGGAAAAAGAGAAGACUCGUCAAAGAUCCCCAAGUCGGUCCAAGUCAAGGUCAAGAUCUCGAUCACGAUCUCCAUCUCAUUCUAGACCAAGGAGGCGUCAUAGAUCACGGUCAAGGUCUUACUCCCCUAGAAGGCGACCAAGCCCAAGACGACGGCCAUCUCCAAGGAGAAGGAGCCCUCCGAGGCGAAUGCCCCCCCCACCCAGACACAGAAGAAGCAGAUCCCCUGUGAGGCGGAGAAGACGGUCAUCAGCAUCCUUAUCUGGCAGUAGCUCUUCCUCCUCAUCCUCGCGUUCCCGAUCACCACCAAAGAAGCCACCUAAAAGAACUGUAUCCAGUCCUCCUCGUAAAACGCGUAGGCUCUCUCCUUCAGCAAGCCCUCCUAGGCGGAGGCACAGACCAUCCCCGCCAGCAAGUCCACCUCCCAAGCCACGUAGGUCUCCAACUCCCCAGCAGUCAAAUCGUGGAAGAAAAAGCCGUGGCUCUGUUUCGCCUGGCAGAACAUCAGCACCCAAACAUAAGAGCACUGAAAAAAGAGAAUCUCCUUCUCCGGCACCAAAACCAAGGAAAGCAGAACUGUCUGAAUCAGAAGAAGAUAAAGGAGGUAAAAUGGCUGCAGCAGACUCUGUUCAACAGAGGCGUCAGUACAGAAGGCAAAAUCAACAGUCUUCAUCUGAUUCUGGUUCUUCAUCGUCAUCUGAAGAGGAAAGACCUAAAAGAUCCAAUGUGAAGAAUGGGGAAGUUGGUAGACGCCGACGCCAUUCGCAUUCACGCAGUCCAUCACCCUCUCCACGAAAACGACAGAAGGAAUCCUCCCCUCGUAGGAGGAGGAGAAGUCCAUCGCCCCCACCAGCCAGGCGGCGACGCUCUCCUUCCCCUGCCCCUCCUCCUAGGCGGCGGCGGUCACCUUCAUUACCUCGUCGAAGGUCUCCAUCACCACCCCCACGCAGGCGCUCACCUUCUCCGCGGAGAUACUCCCCACCGAUACAGAGACGAUAUUCUCCUUCACCGCCACCGAAGAGAAGAACGGCUUCUCCUCCUCCCCCACCUAAACGAAGGGCGUCACCUUCUCCACAGUCAAAGCGCAGAGUCUCCCAUUCACCACCACCAAAACAAAGGAGCUCGCCAGCUGCUAAAAGGCGUUCGCCUUCGAUAUCUUCCAAGCACAGGAAGGGAUCUCCUCCCAGUAGGUCCAAUCGGGAAACACGUUCGCCACCACAAAACAAAAGGCAUUCACCUUCACCACGGCCUAGAGCUUCUCAUACCUCUGCAAGCCCACCACCACCACGAAGGGGAGCUUCGGCGUCACCCCAGAGAAGACAGUCUCCAUCUCCAAGCACUAGACCCAUCAGGAGGGUGUCAAGAACGCCAGAACCUAAGAAGACAAAGGCUUCCACGCCAAGUCCACGAUCUGCGAGACGGGUGUCUUCAUCACGGUCUGCAUCAGGAUCACCUGAGCCAGCACCGAAAAAACAUCAAGGACCUCAGUCUCCUGCCCGGUCUCGUUCCCCAUCUGCAAACUGGUCACCUGCAAAAAAGGCUAAAAGCCCAACUCAGAGCCCAUCACCUGCAAGGAAUUCAGAUCAAGAAGGGGGUGGAAAGAAGAAGAAGAAAAAGAAGGAUAAGAAGCAUAAAAAGGAUAAAAAGCACAAGAAACACAAAAAACAUAAGAAGGAGAAGGCUGCGGCGGCUACGGCGGCUGCUGCUGUGGCUGCGGCAGAUACCACCUCCGCACAGGAAGACCAGGAAGCAGAGACAGAACCCAAAAAGGAGACAGAAAGUGAGCCCGAAGACAACCUUGAUGACCUAGAAAAACACCUGCGAGAGAAGGCACUGAGGUCGAUGAGGAAGGCGCAAGUGUCACCACCAUCCUAGGCUGAAUCCUUUGAUAUAAUGUACAUUUUAUUUGGUUUGUACUCAGAAUUCAAUUUCAAAUUGCUAAAUGUGUUUGAGCUUUAGAAUAUAACAUUUGUUGUAAUAAUUGCUAGGUUGAGGUUCACCAUGUACAAAGGGCAUGGAUUUACAUUACAAAAGGUGUCCACAGUGUACUAGUGACAUUCUUUCAUUGACAGUCAACAUAAUCGCAUUUAGAACGAGACUUUUUAGAAGCAGUAGGAAUUUGCUUUGGAGGUUUUCAACAUGACCGUUGAUUCCCUAGUUUCUUUGAAAUUCAACAAAGCCUUUAGCGUAAUUCGUGAGGGUCUCAUUUGACUUCUUUUGUAUCCACUUACGUUAUGCUACUAACCUUUGUGGUUUGUAAGCUUGCCCAGAAGUAAAACCACUGCAGAAUUACCAAGGAAGUACGUCUAUUUUAAUGCUUUCUACUGUUGCCUGUAUAGUCUCCAUCAAAGCGAAUCAAGACUAGCAGUUUAGGAUGGUACAUAAAUGAAAGCAUGUUGUUUACCAGGACACUGUGGGUUUAUAUUGAUGUAACAUGUUGAUUUGGAACACUGGAAUUUCAUUUGUAUUUUUAUGUUCUUUUUUUAAAGGGCAGUUUCCAUGAUCAGCAGUCCCAGAAAAAUUCCUUCAGUUACAUAAAUUUUGUUUGUGAGAUGUCGUUGCCCCAUUCAUAAAUCUUGUCUCGUUACGGUUCUUCUGAAUGGUAGAAGCGACUUUCAGAGAUGUGGUCUUUGAAAGUUGGAGGAACCUGAACUUUGGAUAUUGUCAUGUUUUCACUGUUUUUUGUUUUUGUUUUUUUAACUAAAGCUAUAUAAAGCUUGUGGAUUAAACAAAAUAAAUUUCUAAAUUUAAACAGA